AGAGAGACAGAAAUAAAAAACGGAGGGGAUAGAGCACAGAACUGUGAACGUCAACGGCAUAAACAUGCACAUCCUCGCUCUUGCCUCUCUAGGCUACCGUGCCGUGGCUCCUGACGUCCGUGGCUACGGUGACACCAACUUAGCAGAUUCAGUCGGCGGAUACACUUGCUUCCACUUGGGCGGCGAUCUCAUUGCUCUUCUCGAUGCUAUUGCCGCAGUCCAGGAGAAGGUGUUCGUCGUCGCCCAUGACUGGGGCGCAAUCGUUGCUUGGUAUUUGUACUCGUUCCGGCCAGACAGAAUCAAGGCUCUGGAGCCAAGAGAAAUCGAAGCAGAUUUUGCACAGAUCGGAGCGGAGAAACUUACGAAGGAGCUCGUGGCGAACAGAGUUCCAGGUCCUCUCCUUUUUCCUAGAGGUAAGCCGUUCGGACAUCCUCCGAAGAGGAAGAUGUCAAGUACAACGUUGGCAAGUUUGAGAAGACAGGUUUCACUGGAGGUGUCAAUUAUUACAGGAACUUGAAGCGGUAUGGUUUUAUUCCAAUUUCUUAGACCAGCUAGCCGUAGUUUCUUUAUUUUGAAGUUACUUUGCCACCAUUUUUGGAUUCCAAUUUCUUAGAAACUGUGAAUUUUUGGCGCCGUGGUUGGGGAGUCAGAUCAACGUACCGGUGAAGUUUUUGAUUGGAGAUCAAAGAUCUUGUGUAUCAUACGCCGGGAAUGAAGGAUUAUAUUCACA